AUGGAACCCGCAGACAUUACGCCGCGGCUAGAAGAGCUAGACGAUGAGCUCGACAACCUCGAGGAAGCUCUGCAGCCCAUCCUCCACAACGUCUCGGAUGUCGCCUCGAAGCUGCCCUUGCUCGACAAGGCCAAGCUGUAUGUGCUCGUGACUUACUCCAUCGAGUCUAUACUGUUCUCCUCCCUCCGGCUUAAUGGCGUCAACCCGAAAGAGCAUCCCGUCUUCCGGGAGCUGACCCGCGUCCGGCAGUACUUCGAGAAGAUCAAGGACGUCGAGAAUCCCCCGCCGAAGCCCGAGAAGCCCGAGAAGACGCUGAACAAGGAGGCUGCCAUCCGCUUCAUCAGGUCCGACCUCGCCGAUAACAAGGACAUCAGCACCAAGCUGAAUGAGAUGAUCGCUCAGGAGCGCGCCAGGGCCGCUCUCCAGACUGCCGCCCAGGCCGGCGACAAGCGCAAGGCCGCGGGCUCCCGUGCGCCGCGCGGUGGCGAUGAUAACGACGAGUCGAGUGCGGAAUCUGCCGCCGACGGCAAAGACGCCGAGGCGGGGGAGCCGCGCGGAAAGCGCAGGAGGGAAUUGCGGCGGAAUGGAAGGGAGCACGAGAGCAAGAAGAGCAAGAAGCUUUCCACCUGA